CUUGGCCCCGACUCGUGCACUGUCGUGCUGAGCCUUGGCCUGCACCCCAGCUUUGCAGCUGGGAGUUAUUUUUGGCACAUCAGCCUUCCGUCCUCAAGUAGCAAAGCCUGAAGGAAGAGCAGCAAUAUAUCCUGUUUUGGCACAAACGUUGGCUCGGGACACGCUUCAGCCCUCUGUUGUCCCCUGUCCCCAGGGGGCUCCUGGACCUUUGGGAUUCCUGUCACGUUCAUUCCAGGGCCUGCGAGGACAUAGAGGAGCUGAACAUGACCCAGAACAAGGCACUGCCGGACUCCUAUUCCGCACAGGGCUUCUAUGAGAACUACGAACCCAAGGAGAUCCUGGGCAGGGGAGUGAGCAGCGUUGUCAGGCGCUGCAUCCACAAGCCCACACGCCAGGAGUACGCUGUGAAGAUCAUCGACGUCACGGGUGGGGGCAGCUUCAGCUCCGAGGAGGUGCAGGAGCUGCGAGAGGCCACGCAGAAGGAGGUGGACAUCCUGCGCAAGGUCUCAGGACACCCCAACAUCAUACAGCUGAAGGACACUUACGAGACCAACACUUUCUUCUUCCUGGUGUUUGAUCUGAUGAAGAGAGGGGAGCUCUUUGAUUACCUCACUGAGAAGGUCACCCUGAGUGAGAAGGAAACCAGAAAGAUCAUGAGAGCCCUGCUGGAGGUGAUCUUCACCUUGCACAAACUCAACAUCGUGCAUCGGGACCUGAAACCUGAGAACAUCCUCUUGGAUGAUGACAUGAACAUCAAGCUCACAGACUUUGGCUUUUCCUGCCAGCUGGAACCAGGAGAGAAGCUGCGAGAGGUCUGUGGGACCCCCAGUUACCUGGCCCCUGAGAUCAUUGAGUGCUCCAUGGAUGAUGACCACCCUGGCUAUGGGAAGGAGGUGGACAUGUGGAGCACGGGCGUCAUCAUGUACACGCUGCUGGCCGGCUCCCCACCCUUCUGGCACCGCAAGCAGAUGCUGAUGUUGCGGAUGAUCAUGAGUGGCAACUACCAGUUUGGCUCACCAGAAUGGGAUGAUUACUCGGACACUGUGAAGGACUUGGUCUCCCGCUUCUUGGUGGUGAGCCCCAAAGGCCGCUAUUCGGCAGAAGAGGCCUUAGCGCAUCCCUUCUUCCAGCAGUACACGGUGGAGGAAGUGCGUCACUUCAGCCCCCGGGGGAAGUUCAAGGUGAUCGCCCUGACGGUGCUGGCUUCCGUGCGGAUCUACUACCAGUACCGCCGGGUGAAGCCCAUGACCCGGGAGAUCGUCAUCCGAGACCCCUAUGCCCUCCGGCCCCUACGGCGACUCAUCGACGCCUACGCUUUCCGGAUCUAUGGCCACUGGGUGAAGAAGGGGCAGCAGCAGAACCGGGCGGCGCUCUUCGAGAACACACCCAAGGCUGUGCUCCUCUCCCUGGCCGAGGAGGGCUACUGACGGGCAGGCCGGCAGGGCAGGUGGGGCGGGGCUCAGGCCGGGAGGAGGAGCCACCGAUAUGGAGGGCACAGGAGUGAGAGCAUGUGCAGGCCUCUGUCCAGAGGGGGCACUUGGCCCCAGCCCGGACCCCAGGAGCUGGGGCCAGUCUCCCCUCUUGGAGGCGUCACGCGGUGGUCAGUGCAGUUGGAGCCAGGCCCACGGAGGGGGACCAGCUGUGGUCCAGAACCAGGAGCACCCUGCCUCUCCACGGCCCAGCUAUACCACCACGUCCGCUUGUCCUCACGGGAGGCCCACAGUUACUGAUACUCGGUGCACCGCCUUUAGGGUCCCAGGGUGAGGAUGAAAGAGAACAGUCUGAGAAUCGCAAUCACAGGAGAUUUUACUGACCUCACAAAGUCCAGUGACACCACGGGAGCAGGUUCUUCUCUGGGGCCAUGUUUUUAGAGGCAUAGGGCAGCCCUUACAUAAUUAAUAAUAGAAAGGGAAGCUUCUGCUG